AUGGUGUCGCCGGUUGCUAAGCAGACAUGGGCAAUAUCUGCAGUCCUCAUCAACAUGUUAGCUCAAGGCAUGAUGUUAAGCUACCCCUCCAGUCUGCUGCCAGGAAUCCAGGCCGCAGACUCCGACAUAAAAGUAGAUUUAAAUACAGCAUCUUGGCUAGCUUCAAUGGUUGGACUGGCCUCAAUCCCUGGCUUUCUUGUAUCGUCUAUCCUCAUGGAUUGGGUAGCCAAUUUGGGUUGUACACCAAUUCCUCUAGCUUUAUUAGGUGAAGUGUUACCAUUAGCUCAUAGAGGUUCUGGAUCAGCUGUUGCAGGUCUUGUAAUGUCUCUCAUCAUGGUGGUAGCACUCCAAAUUACACCAUAUUUACUCGAAAGUGUCAAAGUUUAUGGUACAUUCACUGUAUUCGGAUCAGCUAUGGGCUUAAGUCUAGUGACGCUUUAUUUUAUACUGCCUGAGACAAAAGACAGAACUUUGCAGGAGAUUGAAGAUUAUUUCAAUUACGGAAGAUUUAGGAACGAGGAAGAGCCAAGUAAUAACAAAGAAGAUGUAAAGAUGAAAAUGAUUAUUUGA